AUGGGCAGGAAUCAGGGCGCCUGGAGACGUCCGCUUGGCAGAGCCCGCAUCAAGGCUCCAUCGGUGGCCGUUUGGCAGCCCCUUCCCGUCUGGAUGAGACUGUAUUUCUACGGCAUGCAUGGCCUGACCCUGGACGUGGUGAGCUCGUCCCUCCGGCGCCUCCCGACCAGCCCGGACUACAGCCUGCUGGGCUUCUCAUCGCCCUACCGCUGCCUGCUGCACGCCCUGGCCCACCUGGCCCUGGAGAAGAUCUACCUGCAGAAGAAGAGCUUCCCGGACAAUGGCUUGGCGUUCCACUUCGUCUUCUACCCGUCCGUGUUCGUGGGCCUGCAGAUCCUGCUCCGGAAGACGCUGCUGCAGUGCUGCCCCCACGAGCGGCCGCUGAGUGCGGCGGAGCUGGGGCUGCAGUACGGACUGGCCGUCUAUUACUGCCAAGGCUUUCUCCGGAGCUUCCUCCGACUCCACUACAGCCCCAACCUGGAGGGACCCGGAGCCGCCGACUGUGCCAGCGCCGGACACCGGCUGCCUCUGCUGCUGCGCUUCGUCUUCUUCGGCAUGCACGGCUUCCUGGACGAAGUGUUCUUCACGUCCGUCUUCAAUGUGAUGGAGAAUGCGGGCCAACCUCUGAGCGGACACACGUCCCUCUGGUCCUUCUUCAUCUACGGCAGCUGCAGCCUGGUGGUGGAGAAGCUCUACUUCUACCUGGGUUCCAGCAGAGGAUGGGGCGCCUGGAGGAGGCUGCCGGUCUACAUCGUCUUUGUCUACACCUGGGAGUUCUCCUGGGGCUUGGGACUGCGGACAUGGAACGCCUGUUCCUGGGAUUACUCGCACUACCCUUUGAAUUUUAUGGGGCUGGUGACCCUCAUGUACCUACCGGGCUGGAUAUUUCUGAGCUUUUACCAGGACCUGCUGUCCAAGGUGCUGAUGAGGAUACGCUACGUGUAG